UUUCCUUAUUAUUAAUUUUAUGUCUUAGAUUAGAGAGAAUCACACAGUGUGGUACACUCAUUUUGUCCAAGUAAGACAAGAUCUAUACUGUAAAACGUAUUCAAUCGGAAUUUAGCACGCGACCAGUAAAUGAACUAAUUGAUUUAAGUAAUAAUGUCGAUAUUGAACUCCAUAAACCAGUAUGUACAAAACUUAUUGGCUCAAAAAUAUGUUAUAGGAGAGUUGAUGAAUCAACCAAUAAGAGGAAUUCUCAGCGAUCAAUUGUGACAAGUGAAUUAAGAAUAAACAGUAUUAUUAACUCAAAGACUUUACUGUUCACACGUCGACAAAGUAACCCAGCCACUAAACAGAUGGAUAAUACUGAAAGUAAACGAUGGAGAUAACAGUGGUGUUCCAUGACCUCGACCAAGAACAGGAAGAAAAACAAGUGGAAGAAGAUGAAACAGUGGAAGAAGAUAUGGAUAAUAUUCAACCGUUACGUUUAAACACUCAUCGUAAAUCAAAUGAAUCUCUGCCAACAUUAUUACAGCGAGCACAGUCAAGUGACUCACCAUUUUCUAUUGGAGCACCACAGUCUGGAAACAAACAGAAGCCUGCUCUGAAUAAACUAGCUUCAUUUAGGUUACCAAGUCGUCGGCCUAGUGAAAUAUCGGUUAAUGAUUUUCUGUCUAUGCCACCUGUGCUUGAAAGUAUAGAUGCUCAGCGUAGAUCCACUCUGGUUGGACUUGCAGAUGAUAAACACAGCUUACUGAACAGGCGGACAAGCUCACCAUCCGAAGAAAAUAUGGCAAAGGUGCAAAUGACAGGUUCGAAAUCUCAAGAUUACGGUGAAUUAAGAAAAUGCAGUCAGAGUGAAAAUAUUAAUGAAACUUUGUCCAAGAGUCAAGGAAGCUGUGAACGUGAAUAAUCUUGGCACGAAUGGGAAACACUAUGAAAGGAUGCAAACAUUCCAACCAAUUUUUACGGAUGUAACUUUAAAGCAGAUGAGAUCAAUUGCAGACGACUUUUAAAUCUCCAUAUUGCCACACAUCAUCUGUUCAAUCCAGUACUAAUGAGUACCAGUCGCUAAUACAAUUAUGCAACUCAUUUAUGGAAAGCUAUGAUUUAUUUGUUUAUGAAUCGCCUAGUUUCACUAUUCCUUGUAGACAGUUAUGUCAAGUUACGUUUAAAAUCAAUUUGUAAUGAAUUCGAAUAAUCUAUUAGUUUUGUUAACUUAAUAGUAUUUUUG